AUGGCCUCACUCACUCCUCAAGAGCUAUUUUCGUUUCACACCAUUGAUCGUGAGCUAUUCUCUCGGCUGGUUAUCACUUUCAUGCGAGAUCCAGCUGAGUCUAUGUUGGUUUUGGCCUUCUGGCUCUGGCUUGAAGAGAAACGUAUGCCCGGUCUCGUCUACAAGAUGCGGUCGAUACCGGACCAUGUUGUGGAUCUUCUAGCUGAUGAAGCUGCUGCUUGCAUCAAGUUCCUCGAAUCCAACAAUCCUCCUUCCCCAGUUUCUGAUGGUGGCAUGCCCCUCACUGAUAAAUUCUUUGGCACCGACAUAUCUUUCGUGUCGAUUUACCAACAGAAGUAUGAAACUGUUACUGGAAUCAAAAACUUCCUUGGCUCCGUUUGCUCUCGAAUCUUCCCUGAUAUUCUCCACCUCGUGUUGGGAAAUCGUUAUUUUGUAAGUCUUAACCAACCUCUUGUUAUUCCCGGUUUUCCUCAUCCAACUUUUGGUUCAGUUCAUGUGAUGCCAAGAGCUUGCGAUUAUGGUUUACCCAAUGGAGGGAUUUGGGGAUGGCACCCUGGCAAUAACGUUACAGAAAAUGACAGAACCAUGUUCUUGACUUUCUCCCGAGGAUCUCCAGUGACGGCAACUGAAGUGGCAGAUGUUUUUACCAGAACUUUCGGUGAUAAUUUUGUUAAAACUGUGAUUAUGCAGGACAACAUUCAACCCCAUGAGCAGCCAUUGUUUGCAAAGCUCAUCCUUCGCUCUGUUGAGCAAGUUGAUAUCGUUCUAAGUGGUUGUCGGAUUGCCAAGUUCAAGAACAAUGGAAAGCAUAUUUGGGCUCGCAAGUACGAGAGCCGGGAGUAA